ACAAUCGCGGUCAACCUUAGAGCUACAUCAUAGGCUUUGGAUUGGCUAUCCAUCGAUCAAAAGAAAAAAAAAUUAAGGGCAGUUAAUGUAGAUUCAAAACAUUGCUACAAAUGCUGAAAUUUACCGCAGCAUAAACAUUUUGAAUGCACACCAAAUUAGCAUAACAUGACGUGACUGAUACAAAUGUGUUAGCUGAAAUACUGCUAGUUGAUACAGUACGGUUUGAACUAACCUAUUAUAAUAGGUACCAAAAAUUAGGUGCAACUGACAACGUUGACAUAUUUGCAGAGUUGUCUUGUUAGAAUGUAGCUUGACACUAAUCAUAAGGGGCAUAUUGCGGUGUGACAGAAAUGGACGAGAUAAGUCCACUGUUGGACAAUCAGGUGCGAGAAGGAGCCGAUCUCCCGUCCCCAAAUCUGAGGCCGCGGAGGAGGGAACUGAUACCAACACCAUGUGGACCAAUAAAGCCUUGGUCAGAGCUAUCAUGCUUGGUGAAGCUCUACUUCUGCUUCACUAUUGUAUCACUUCUGGCACUGUUUACGCUCACUCUUAACAGUAUCUACCAACAAAGCAUGUCAACCUACAGCUAUGAGGACGACUUCACUGUAUCCAUCAUCCAGCUGGUUGGAAUCUUGUUCUGCAUAUACUACAUCACCCGGGGUAUACUACAGGAGAACAGACAGGAGCUGAUAGUCUUUGUCCUCUGUGUAGUGGUGGUCAUGGUGCGCUCUGUGGUCAACUUUACUGUACUUCCUGUGAAGGACAGACAUGAGUUGCUGGUUCGGUUUGUAUGCAUCCAGUGUGUGGGUGUGUUCCAUGUUUUCUGCACAGUCCUGCUCAUCAAGAGACCCAACAUGAUGGCUUUCAGAGUGGGUGGGGCUUUGGAGAGUCUCCAAGAGCAGUACUUUCUGCUCAACUUAUGUUUCUCCAUGGUAACCUUUGAUCUACAGGCACAGCUAUGCCUCUGUAUCCUGAUCAUGACGUCAGGAACAUCCAUGUCCCUCACCAACAACAUAAUCCUGGGCUUUGGGGUGGCAUGGGCCUGCCUAACAGCUAUGGUUGGUGGUAUUGCAGUUUUAAAAGAAGCCAAGUCAUUGGUUUGUGUCUUCUUACUAUUGAAUUUACCUGAGUUGGCCUACUUCAUCUAUCUUAUGUACAAGAUCAGUCUGAAUUGGGGCCAGGAUAAGACGUACACUCUAGAGGCAGCUGCUAUCACAGGAGCCCUCAUCUCAGUCCUGAUCAAAGGAGUACUGUCAUGGGCCGUUGUCCGAUUGGUGCGCAGCUUUGGGCAGGGCCUGAGGGAGAGAAUGUUCGCGUCGGACGGGAGGUAAGUAGUGAAGUACAUUAGUACACGUGGAAGGAUGCAACAAACUGAAGAUGAACUACUGUUUUUACAAUACUUUUUUUGGACCAUCUCCUAGUAUGGAGAUGAAUGGAUGUAUUUUGAGAUACACUUCUGAUUCAAUGUCUGUAAGGAAAUUGAUUUAGCAUAUUGUGCUUCACUAAUACCUUACUUAAAGGUUAAUUGCAAAACUGAACUUCAUAAUGUUAAGAAUGGAAUCAAUUUUUUUUGUUCAUAGUUGACACUAUUCAUUGUGAUUCAGCUAUCCCUCUGCUACUGGAUGUGAGAUGCUUUCAGCCCAGUUAGGUUUUGCAUCUUGAGAAGUCUGUCAGCACAACUUUUCCAUUCAAAUGACAAGUUCAUCAAGUUCGAGUACAUCAUUAUAUUGUAACUAAGUUGUAGGAUUUAAGGUGAAUUUACUGUAAUAAUGAUUUCUGAUGAUACUUUUAACCUAUUAGUUAGAAACCAAAGAUAAAUAUUUUGGUUGGUAUAAUUAUACUAUCCAUUUGAAAUGGAUGGCAUCAGAACUAUUGGAAUUAUAUUGCUAACUUUUAUUUGCACUUGGAGAUUUGUUUACUUACUGAUAUGUGGGGAUUGUUAUUGGUUUAUAUCCAUUUUAUACAUAUUUCUAUAUUUCUAUUUAUUAACUAUUUUCUACUUGCUUUUAGAGUUUACACUCCAGAUGAUGUCUUGACAUGAUUUUAACCCCUAUCAAAUUACCAGUUGUUAAUUUAAAAUAUAUUGAUAAUAAGGAA